UGACGCCAUCCUCCUCACUCGCUCACACUCACUCACUCACUCACUCGAUAGCUCGACAGACAGACCCACAGACAAAUUUUGAACUUUUUUUAAAAAACCAGCCGAGUUUUCGAAAAAAAAUGAAGUGCGUUUUACUCCUUGCUUGCUUCUUGGGCGUCACAUCGGCCGGAUUUUUGCCCGCUUAUGGAGGUUACGGUCAUGGACAUCAUCAUGCCGUCGCGGUUCCCGUCCAUGUCCCAGUGGUGCAUAAGGUCCCAAUUGCCACCUCGUACCAUCACGAGCACCGAACUUAUCAUCCCGUCGUGCCAGUCGUGAAACAUGUCCCGGUCGUGCACAAGGUCGCGGUCCCCGUCCACGUGCCCGUCGUGCACCACGACCCCCUCGUACAUCACGCGCCACAUUACGCGUACGGUCAUGGGCACGGUUAUGGACAUGGAUUCAGUCAUUACUAAAAGUUUUGGGGAGAAAAUCGUGAUCUUUCUGCGCCCAUAAUUAAUUUAUUAAGUGUCGUCGUCGUCAACUCAAAUUUCGUGGCGUCGUCGUCGUCGUCUCAAAUUUCGUGGCGUCGUCGUCGUCGUCCCAAAUUUCGUGGCGUCGUCGUCGUCGUCUCAAAUUU